AUGAGCAAAAAAAAAGGCCUGUCCGCGGAGGAAAAAGUCGAAAAGAUCGCGCGAUGGUUCGACGCCCACGCCGAGCCCUACACCCUGAAAGAACUGCAGUCCUUAAUCCCCAAGGCCACCGGCGUGAUCUACCAAAGCAUCGACGAGUGCGUCGAGGUCCUUGUCUCCGAGGAUCGUCUUCAACAGGAAAAAAUCGGCGUCCAAACGUUUUUGUGGAAAUUUCCCUUGACGGCGGCUCAAAAACAACGCGCCCUCGCCCCUGACGAGUUGAAAGGCAAAGGGGGGAACAAUAGGGCCGCCCGGCUCGCCCUGUUGGAUGUGGCCUCUCUCAAAGAGCGGCGAAACGCCCUUGAGGGAACUUUGAAUACCUUAAACGCGGCAAUUCAGCUCCGCCAGGGCGAGAUCGGCUCGCUGGCGGAGUCGACGUCGGAUUUACAAAAACUUCAGACCCUCGCGCGGCGGCGGGCGGAGCUUCAGGCGGAACUUCAGCCCCUCGCGGCCUUCGAUCCGGAGUUUUUGGACAAAAUCAAACGCGCCACCGCCCUCGCGAUGGACGCGGCGAAUCGAUGGACCGAAAAUUUAUAUCUUUUGGAGGAUUUCAUCUGCCAUCGCAUGGGACGGAUCUCGAAGGAACUUCGCGCGUCGUUAGGUAUCCCCGGCACGCUCGAUUAUGUCGACGAUGGGGAUCUUUCCUGCGGGGAAUCCUCUUCAAACGAGGCGACGAAGCUCAAAGCUUCUUUACCGUUGUUAUUAUGUUCCGCCUCCACCUUAUCGCGGACGGAAGUAGGCGAGAAAUCGAACUUGACAUCCACCAUGGAGGGUGCAAAUGGGCCUGAUGAUUGUGGCGGGGGGGAAGAAAUAUCCAAAAUGGUCAAAAGCGCGAAAAACAACAAUGGCCCUCUAUUAAAAUGUUGUUCGGAGGUGCGUGAAACGACGUUAACGACAUCUGGGAUAACAAACACAGAUAAUACAAUUCACAAGAUCAAUAAUCACAAAAAGGAAGAAGACGUCAUAGCGGUGGAUUCAAGCACGCCAAGUCAUGAUGAAGACAAUGGGAAGAACGUUGAAACGGAACAAAAUUCAACCGAUAGCUCGUCUGCAGGUGAUGUGAACCCCUCCCCUUUGAAAACCAAUGUGGCGAAAAAAGAACCCAAUCAUUCUAAAAAAAAGUUGGGAGGAGGAAACCCCCUUCCUAAAGGGAAAGCUAAAAUCACACUGCAUAGUUCACCUCCGGUAAAGUGUACCCCAGUAAACACAAAAGGAAAUGGAAAAGAAAACAAAAGCAGAUCCCUCCAAGGGGGAAAAGAUAAGAAGGGCGUCAAACCCUCUUUGAAAGUCAAUCUGGGCAAACGCGCAAACACUAAUGGCGCCUCUGAGGAAAUUAGCCGAAAAAAAAUGCCACGUGUUUGA